GACCAUAACAACAGAAGAAUUUCAGACAGGUAUCCAUGGUAGCAGAAGUUCAAUGGCUAGCCAGACUUUGAGGAGCACCUCAGAUGGAGGAGGGUUCUUGAGCGUCCACACAAAAGUAGUCAGAUCACAACCAGCAACGUGGAUGGUAUCACACAGACUCAGAGAAGACAAACCAGGAGGAGCUGAGGAGCCAUCUAUAAAGGGCCCGGGUGAAUGGACCAUGAAGACCUUCUCUUUAGGUCCCAUUGUUCUCCUGGCCGUCUUCCUCAGUGUCCAGCUUGGUGUUGCCACGUGUGAGAGUGAAAUGCCCAUGCCCUGCUGUUCCUAUUUCAGCCACUACGUGAUCCCGUGGCACUGGCUGUACAGCUACCAGAUCACCGACAGCUCCUGCCCCAAUGAGGGCGUCAUAUUCACCACAAAAACUGGUAAGCAAUACUGUGUCCAGCCAGGGGACAAGUGGGUGCAGAGAUACAUUUCCUUGUUGAACGCCAAGAAGCAUUGGUGACCCCGCUGAAUUUUCGGCCCGAGGACCAUUCAAUGCAGCUCUCGGCUCCUUUGCGCUCAUGGAAUCUGGUGCAUUGCUUUAAAGACUUCGCAGCCCUGCUGGAAGGAGAGCGUGGUUUUCAUUGCAGAUUUUUAAAUAAAGAUUUGAUUUCAAUAGGUCUA